CUUCCGGUCUCCCUAGUGUGGCUGAGAGGGGAUGUGGCACGUGGGGUACCCUGCCCCGGGUUCGCCGAGGUAGCAACCCUGGCUGAUCAUUGGGACGGACCUUAGAGGGCAAGGAUGUGGGUUACAGUGGCGGGGCUUCCUGCGCGCCCGACCCUCUCAGUCUUGACCGGCGCUGGUCGCUUUUGCAUUUUGGGAUCCGGAAUAGUGACGCGGAAGGACUGGCCGCAGGUCCCUCGCAGGGAUUUGUCUGACUCCCGCCCGCAGCCGUUGCCCUGUCCAGAUAUCAGGGAAUCGUCUUCGUGCGUCUCUAAGUAUCGUUUAGAGUACAAGCGUUACGUAACGAGUCGGAGAUUGGCCGAGACCUUGGCGCAGAUCGUGAACGGGAAACGGAAAACUCCCCCGCUAGUCCUGGAGUGCAAUCCAGGUCCUGGAAUCCUGACCCAGGCAUUACUUGAAUCUGGUGCCAGAGUGGUUGCCCUUGAAAGUGACAAAACUUUUAUUCCACAUUUGGAGUCCCUAGGAAAAAAUCUGGAUGGACAACUAGACGUGGUCCACUGUGACUUCUUUAAAUUGGAUCCUAGAAACAGGAGUCUAAUAAAACCACCCAUUAUGAUUUCACAGAUGCUUUUCCAGAAUUUGGGAAUACGAGCAAUUCCUUGGUCAACAGGUAUCCCUUUAAAAGUAAUUGGAAUCUUCCCAAUUAAAAAUGAAAAAAAGAUCCUUUGGAAACUUAUAUAUGACCUAUAUUCCUGUACUUCUAUAUAUAAAUAUGGACGAGUAGAACUAAAUAUGUUUAUUAGCGAAAAGGAAUACCAGAAACUAAGGGCAAAACCCAAAAAUCCAAACUUGUAUCAAGCAUUAAGUGUGCUCUGGCAAGUAGCUUGUGACAUUAAGCUUCUGCACAUGGAGCCUUGGUCAUCAUUUGACUUACACACCCAAAAUGGGCAGCUGGAAAACACAAAGCACCGGGAAUUAUCAGGACUAAUACAACAAAACCUGUGUUUUAUUCAAAUGACUCCUCGUAGAAAUUUAUUUACAGAAAACUUAACACCUCUUAACUACAAUGUAUUUUUUCACAUGUUAAAGCAGUGUUUUGGGAAACGCAAUGCCAAGCUACUAGAUCAUUUACGUUCAUUAAGUCCAAUUGAUCCAGAGGAUAUAUUGAUGCAAAUAAGAAAACAUGAAAAUGCGAAAAUAACUAAUAUGUGCCCUGAGGACUUUAAACUUCUGUUUGAAACUAUAGAGUGUUCCAAAGAUUAUACCUAUAAGUGGCUCUAUGAUGACAUCAUAGAAGACAGAACUAUGUAGGGAACUAGACCACAAAGACAUUAGCUGGAAAAGUUUAUUUAUUGGAAAUUAUGACAAAUGAAAAAGAAGUAAGCCUGAAAAACCUAUUUCUUUCGACUGAAGAUAACUGUUUUUGCACAGACUGAGCAGAUCAUUUCUUCUGGACUUCAUCCCACUGGUAUCUUGGACAAAACAAUGACUGCUAUUUUAUUCACAGCUGAGUGAAACGAAACCUUCAGUUUCAUUUGAAACUAAAUGAAAUUAAACGUUCAGUUAAUUGUGGAUUUGAUGAGAUUGAAUUUUUUGUGUUGUUUUAUUUUAAAUUCCCGUCUACUAAAAACAUACUGGUAGUUGUAAGAUGCUACCAGAGAAAAUGUAAUUUAAUUUUAUCCUUUUGGUUAAACAUCUUAAAAUAAUCUUAGAUCAUGUUAAAUAUUCCACAUUCACUGUUGUUGGUAUUUGCAUCCUCCUGGGGUGCAAAAAAGUUUGUACAUUGUUAAGCUUAGAAAGUAAAUUAAACUGGUUUAAGUGGUUUGUUUUACUUUUCAGUUUUUUUAAAUAUAUUAUUAAGUACUGUACAAUGAAAUUAUUUAAAUUUUAAUACGGUUUAAACUUUUUAAAAAUUAAAACAUUUUAAGUAACAAGAUUUUUUGAUGUUUUU